UUGUUGGCGUCAGCUGCGGUGAGAAAAAGCACAGAUGGAAAGUGAUCUUGAUUAUAUACAACGCGCGCUAAUCUUAUUGAUUUUUGUUGGAAACGCACAUACAACCACAGUGCCAACAUGUCCUUUAGCUCAAAAGCCGUAUUUGGUGUAGAAUUAGCUAGCUCCAAAAGAGCUAGGAUCGAAACAAGUCUGCUAGCAAGGAAACCUGGCGACAUGAUUCGAAUGGCACGAGAUGGUUUUCUACACUACGCCAUAUAUAUAGGCAAGGACAAGGUAGUUGAUUUCGUCGCAGAUAAUGGUGGUGAAAUCAACUCACGCAAUCUAUACGAGACUGUUGGUGCCAGCGAAUGUGCGAUAGACAACUAUUUGGACAAUGAAUACAGAUCGUAUCCGGAGCAAGAAAUUGUACAGCGGGCAUUGUAUGCGAUUGCAGAGAGCCAUAUAUACAGACUUGGAACAUACAACUGUGAACAUUUCGCGACGUGGUGUCGGUAUGGGUACAAAUAUUGUCACCAGCCGUGUGAAGUGGCCGCCACUCUGGGAGCUCUAGUUAACCUAUCAUAGAAUAUAGGAUAUGUGUGUUUGUUCUUUCCUGAUUGUCUGUUUUUUCGAUAUCAUAUAAUUUGGACAGCACAUUUGACAUGUUAUGUAAUUGACAACAUACCUGUUAACAAGCAUGUCUCAUUGAUUAUUCUGAUUGACAUCAUAUGUAUUUGAUGAUAUAUCUGAUGACGUCAUAUGCUAUUGACAGCAUAGUUGAUUGAAACAUGUCUCAUUGGUCACAUAUCUGAUAAACAACAUGUCAUCGAUCAUAUAUCUGAUAAACAACAUGUCUCAUCGAUCAUAUAUCUGAUAAACAACAUGUCUCAUCGAUCAUAUAUCUGAUAAACA